GGCCACUCACCCGGCAACGCGGCUGGAGAGAGGAUAAGGAGCAGUCCGCCAUGAAGCCGUCUGCUGUGGUCCUGCUGCUGGCCCUGCUGUGCGUGCAGAGAGCUUGUGGUCUGCGCUGCUACCAGUGCCUGGGGACCUCUGUCUCGAGCUCCUGUGGCCCGGCUUUGUGCCUCUAUCCUGAUGGGGUCUGCGUCACCCAGGAAGUAGUCACCACUGUGGAUCUUCAGCCGGUGAGAGAAGAGAUCAAGUUCUGCCUUCCCCAAUGCCCCAGGAACAGCAGCGUCCCUGUGCGGAUCCUGGGCUUCACCUCCCGGCUGACCUGCUGCAAGGGGGACCUGUGCAACGCAGCGCCCCGGGCCGCGGACAGCGCCUGGGCCCUGCCCUGGGGGCUCCUGUGCAGCCUGGGGUCUGUCCUCUGGGCCCUGUUCUGAUGGCCCUGCCUGUCCCCUUCCUUCUUUCGGCCCUCUGCCCUUAGCCUGCAGCCACGAGAGGAUGGGCUCUGAGCCUGGGGAGGGGGCGCUCAGUCCAGGGCCUGGGGAGGGGGCAUGGCUGGGGAGUCUCUGCUCAGACCCCUCCCCCCGCUUUCUCACCCAGGGGACCUUCCUUCCCACCCACAGGAUCCUAGUGAGACCACGGGGCGGGGUGGAAGCCAGCCCACAGUGGGCCAGAACCCCCUCCUCCCCUGCUGUGGGCCACCUCUGUCUACACCUGGACACCCCUCCCCCCAGCUCCUCCCCAAGGCCAAUAAACCCGGCUUCCUG